AUGUUAAUUUUAGUAAUAGUAUUAAUUAUGAUAAUAUGCAUGUAUUUAUACUUCUCUUUUGUUGAAUUUAUAUUUGUGUUGUUUUUUUGUUGCUUAUUUACUUUUUUUUUAGUUGAUUGGUCUGGUAUUUAUUUAUUUGUUGGGGAGUUAUUUGGGAUAGAUAUAUUGGGUUUUUUUUUGAUUGAGUUAAGUUUGUGGAUUGGAAUACUAAUAUUUUUAGCUAGAAUGAGUUUAAAGGUUAAUUUUGAUAAGAUAUUUAAUUUUUAUAUUAUUUUGAUAGUUCUUCUUUUAAUUUUUUGCUUUUUGCUUCAAAAUUUAAUUGGGUUUUAUUUAUUUUUUGAAAGAGUUUUGUUUCCUAUUGUUAUAUUAAUUAUGGGUUGGGGAUACCAGCCUGAACGUCUUCAGGCUGGUAUUUAUAUACUAUUUUAUACACUUUUUGGUUCACUCCCUUUAUUUUUGUUUUUUUUAUUCAAUAGAGAAAGAUUAAGAAUUUUUUAUAUUUAUUGAAUAAAUUAUAGAUUAUCAAUAGUGAUAGUGCUUAUAGGAGUUUUAGGAUUUUUAGUAAAAAUACCAAUAUUUUUUGUUCAUGUUUGACUCCCAAAGGCUCAUGUUGAAGCUCCGGUAGCUGGAUCUAUGAUUUUGGCUGGUGUGUUAUUAAAAUUAGGAAUUUAUGGACUUCUUCGAAUUAAAUUUUUUUUAAUUAAUAAUUUUAAUAGAUUUAGUUUUCUGAUUAUGAGAGUUGUUUUGAUUGGCGGUUUAAUAAUUAGAUUAAUUUGUUUAUGUCAGGUUGAUGUUAAGGCACUGAUUGCAUAUUCUUCUGUAUGUCAUAUGGGUAUGGUUUUAGGAGGUCUUAUGAGUAUAACUGGUUGAGGGUUGAUUGGAAGUUUAGCUAUAAUGAUUGGUCAUGGUCUUUGCUCAUCAGGGUUAUUUUGUUUAGCAAAUAUGUACUAUGAACGGUUCUACACUCGUAGAAUAAUUCUUUUAAAAGGUUUAGGAAGAGUAUUUCCAUUUUUAGGAUUGUGAUGAUUUUUAUUUAGAAUUAUUAAUAUAGCAGCCCCUCCUUCUAUAAAUUUAGGUGGAGAGUUACUAUUAAUAGGUGGUAUUAUAAAGUGGAGAUUAAUAGUAAUAGUUCCUUUAGGUUUAAUAUCUUUUUUUAGUGCAGGGUAUUCUUUGUAUAUAUUUAGUUAUUUAAAUCAUGGGAAAGGAUGGGUGGUAUAUGGUGUGUUUAUAAUUUCAAUUCGAGAAAUAUAUCUAUUAUUUCUUCAUUUAAUUCCCCUAUUAUUGUGAAUUUUGAAAAUGGAGAUAUUUAUAAUUUGGUUUUAUCUAGUUAGUUUAUAUAUAAAAUAUUAAAUUGUGGAUUUAAUGAGGAAUUAUCACUGGAUAAUUUUUUUCCAAUGAGGAGUUUAUAUAUUUAUUUUAAGAAUUUUUUUUUUUACCCUAGGCGUAUGAUUUAUAAUAUAUAUAAAUGUUUUAGUAAUUGAAUAUUUUUUAUUAGUUUUAGGGGAUUUUGAAUUAAAAUUUUAUUUAUUGUUUGAUUGGAUGAGAAUAAUAUUUGUUUGCGUGGUUUUGUUUAUCUCAUGUAUAGUUAUUUUUUAUAGAAAUGACUAUAUGGAAAGAGAAAAAUUUAAAAAUUAUUUUUGUUAUGGAGUUUUAUUAUUUGUUGGGUCUAUACUAAUAAUAAUUAUGAGUCCUAAUUUAUUAAUAAUUUUAUUGGGGUGAGAUGGUUUAGGCUUAGUUUCAUAUUGUCUAGUAAUUUUUUAUCAGAAUUAUAAAUCUGAUAGAGCUGGAAUAAUUACUGUGAUGAGAAAUCGAAUUGGGGAUGUGAUAAUUUUAUUAUCUUUUGUUUUUCUUUUAAAUUUUGGAAAUUUAGAUUUUUUGGUUUUUAAAAAAAUAUUUUUUGUAGGAGGUUUAAUGCUAAUCAUUGCUGGUAUAACUAAAAGAGCUCAAAUUCCUUUUUCUGCCUGACUCCCCGCUGCUAUGGCAGCCCCAACCCCCGUCUCCUCUUUAGUUCAUUCUUCAACUUUGGUUACAGCUGGUGUUUAUCUUUUAAUUCGUUUAGAUAUGUUAUUUUGUAUUAGUGGUUUUAGAUGAUUUUUAUCUUUUUUGGCUUUGUUAACUAUGGUUAUAUCAGGGGUUGGGGCUGUAUUGGAAAUGGAUCUAAAAAAAAUUAUUGCUUUGUCUACUCUUAGACAGCUUGGUUUAAUAAUAUUAAUUUUGUCUUUAGGGGAAACAGGUCUAGCUUUUUUUCAUUUAUUAACUCA